AUGGCCGUCGUUCCCGAGACGCGAUUACGAUAUGAGUUCCCGUACAGAUCGGAGAUGCCCAAAGUGCUUGAGGUCAACAAUCCUUAUCUGAACUCAAUGCUGUAUGAAGCAGCCUCUCUCUAUUCUCAACACCAGACAUCAGGGGCAAACCUAUCCAGACAUCUCGCCGGUCUGGGCUCCGAAGAGCAGAGAAGCCCUUACUUGAAGCCCUUCCAUGCAGCACAAGUAUUCGAUCCUCUGCUUUCUGACGUCAAAGUCUCAGCGUGGACUAGCGUCUGUGGCGACGACAAUCUCAUGCGAGACCUUUUAACUGUACUUUUCCGUUGCGAGUACCAUUUCACAGCAGCCUUCCACAAGGACCUAUUCCUGGAAGACAUGGCAGCGCGUCGCAAAGACUUUUGUUCUUCACUGCUUGUCAACGUGACUCUCGCAUAUGCUUGCGUCUGUUAUCCUAAGUUCACCAACCGUGUCGAGUAUUGGAAUCCGAACACUCUCGCCUAUCGCUUCAUUGCCGAGGCCAAGCGACUAUGGGAGCUGGAGGCUUCUAUCCCACGUAUGACUACCAUUCAGGCAGGUAUCAUUUUUAGUGUCUUUCAUAAUCUCUGUGGUCUGGACGAAGUUGGGAAACCCUAUAGGGUGCAUGCAGUGGCUUUGGCAAACCAGCUUCGUAUCUUCGACACCAUCGACUUUGACCAGAGCAAGAGGGUACAGAGGGGUGUUCUGGCCUGGGCUAUGUACAACUGGGAAACUCUCUCUGCUUUCUCGUUCAUGCUGUCCCCGCUCAUCAAGGAGCUCCCAAAAUGGCCACUUCCAGAUCCUUCAGAAGAUCCGUCGUGGUAUGGCGAAAUAUGGGUCAAAUACCCACUGGAUCACGGCCUUUCAUCGAUGUGUCUUGGAGAAGUCAUCCAUGCUCGGAGCCGGUUCCGGAUCAUCAUGAAUGAGUAUUGCGACGCAGCAUACUCAGAGGCUUCCAAGGUAGGAGUUGACCUGGCCUAUCAGUUCCGUGGGAGGCUGCAAGAAUGGUACGAAAACCUGCCCACAUCUCUAACCCCAAAGAGAAUUGUUCUUCCUAGGCAGAUGCAACUUCAACAUGGGUUCGAAGUCGCUGGCCAGUGA